GUCAAACGCCGGAAAAAUAUUUUGAUGAUAAAUCAGUUUAUUCUGUGCGCCGGUAAUACGAUUAGGUAUUGUAUUUUGUGGACCGUUAAAUACGCACUUGUAUUGCUUCUCAAUUAUUUUCAUUAAUUGAAACAAAUCGCAAGUGUGUCACCUCUUUAAUAAAUCUAGCGGUGACUUGCAUUUACGAUGUUAAAAUCCUGGAUAAUACUGUUGGCUGCUGUAACAGCAUGCCUGGCCGACUUUCAAAGGGUGCCUCUGUACCGCAUGAAGACAGUGCGCAGGCAUCUGCACGAGGUGGGCACUGAGCUGCACAUGACGCGGCUCAAGUACGCCGCCAAGGGACCGGCCCCUGAACCACUCUCCAACUACCUCGAUGCGCAGUACUACGGGCCGAUCUCCAUCGGCAACCCGCCGCAGAGCUUCAAGGUGGUGUUCGACACGGGCUCCUCCAACCUGUGGGUGCCUUCCAAGAAGUGCCACUACACCAACAUAGCUUGUCUGCUGCACAGCAAGUACGACAGCAGCAAGUCGUCGUCGUACCGCGCCAACGGCACCGAGUUCGCGAUCCACUACGGCUCCGGCUCGCUGUCCGGCUUCCUCUCCACUGAUGACGUCACCGUGGGCGGUCUGUCGGUGCGGGGGCAGACGUUCGCGGAGGCGCUGUCGGAGCCGGGGCUGGCCUUCGUCGCCGCCAAGUUCGACGGCAUCCUCGGCAUGGCCUUCAGCAGUAUUGCCGUAGACGGUGUGACUCCGGUGUUCGACAACAUGGUGGCGCAGAGGCUCGUGCAGCCUGUCUUCUCUUUCUAUCUUAACCGUGACCCGUCGGCAGCGCAGGGCGGCGAGAUCAUCCUGGGUGGGUCGGACCCGGCGCACUUCGCGGGCGAGUUCACGCGCGUGCCGCUGUCGCGCGCCACCUACUGGCAGUUCCGCAUGGACGGCGUCACGGUCAACAACCAGACCCUCUGCCAGCAGGGCUGCGAGGCGAUCGCCGACACGGGCACGUCGCUGAUCGCCGGCCCCUCUAAGGAAGUAGAGAGCCUGAACCGCGCGCUGGGAGCCACGCCCGUCGCGUUCGGCCAGUUCGCGGUGGACUGCGCGCUGCUGCCGCGCCUGCCCAGCGUGCACCUCCACAUCGCCGACAAACUGUUCGAGCUCAAACCCACCGACUACAUACUGAGGGUGUCGCAGUUCGGCAAGACGGUGUGCCUGUCUGGGUUCAUGGGGCUGGACAUCCCGCCGCCCAACGGCCCGCUCUGGAUCCUCGGAGAUGUCUUCAUCGGCCGCUACUACACCGAGUUCGAUGUGAAGAACAGGGCCAUCGGCUUCGCUGUGGCCAAGUGAACAACACAUGCGUCAAGUGAACAACACAUGCGUCAAGUGAACAACACCCCACACACACAUGCGUACUCUGAUACAUACAUAUACACAUAGUUGCUGUGUGUCCGUAAAUACGAACACUAAAAUCUCAUACACACACAGUCUCACACGAAAAUUUAUACAGAUACAGUAAAACCAGUGUAAAACAGAUACGAAAAUAUAUCACAACACUCAAAUUAAUGCUCUUCAUGAAAUAGUAAAAACCAUCGAUAAUUUCCCUUGUUGGUAAAAUGUAAAAACUAAUUCUGCUCUAACACAAUAUUAUAUAGAUAUGAAUUAAUGUAACAAUAGUUAAGAACAGCUCUGUAGUUGUUAUUAUAUUUUAUGAAACCGUAUAUAUAUAUACCGUAAUAACAUACGACACACAUCAAAUAGAUUUCAUGUUAGUGUCUUCGUUUACAUAACUUUUAUAUUAUAAUGCAUAUGAAAUAUACUAUUAAACAUUGUACGAUUAGAACGUUUUCGAUAUGAUGUAGCAGUUUGUGUAGACUAGUGUUUAUGCCAGUUCUAUUGUAGCUUAAUAUUAAGUCUUUGUUCUUUAGCUACGGAACCAA